AGAGGUCAAUAAAUAUUUUCAUGUAUGUGGUAAUCCAGAAUUUUUACCUAUCAUAUCCUACUUUUAUUUGAAUGAAGACGAAUGUCCAAUCCAGUUGUUCUGGAUGAAGAGACGGCAGCGGAAGAGAAGUUACAGUAGAGCAGCAUGAAGAGUAUUCAACCAUUUCAAUUCUCACCGUAUUCAGAUUGUUUAUGGAAGCCCCGUACCGUGAAGUUAACUCCUCUCCGUUUGCCAUCGCGCAAUAAAAAACAUCUUAUUUUGGGUGCAAUUGGAAAUGGCGAGAACAGAGCAAGCCAAGAUGUUGAAUUGGACCAACAACAAACAAUGGAUCUCCAAUUUGGCAUUCGUAUUGGUGAAGACUCAGAAGAAACCUCGUCGAAGGUCAUAGGGAAGAAAGCUAUCAAGGGAAUGGAUGGUCUCCUAUUAAAACGUCCAUUGCCAAAUUUAUUGACAAAAACUGAUGUACGGAAGCUAACUGACAUUCCAAGUAGCCAGACUGGUUCUAAAAACAAUACAGAAAAGAGAAAAUCUCUUGAUCUUGUUCGUCCGGUCAAAAGAAAGGAAGGAAAAGAGGCCGUCUCUUCUGAUCUGACUAGACUUGGUAUCCAUACAAAAACAUUUCCUGCAGGAUCUAAUUCUAUGAAUAUUACUGAUGAAGUUUUACUAAGAAAGCCAUAUGCACAAAACAAGGGAUCUGAAACUCUUGGAUUUGUAUCCCGCCCAAUAACACCAUACUUUUUAUCAAACAAAAAGGAAGACAAGUCUAAAAGGCACUUGGAAGAUACUGGCUUGCUGCGAAGGCCUGAAGCUCAAGUGACAAGAAUUGAUAAUAACUCGAAUGAGAUCCCCGGGGAUUUGAAAGCAGAGGAGGUCAUAAUUGAGGAUUUAUUAGGAUCAAAAACUGAUAAUGCCAAUGCUCAAGCUGCUGCACAUAAACAAAACAGUGAGAGAGGAGACAUGAAAAGAGAACACAAAAUAUCAGCAAUCAGGCCAACUAUGCCCAAAAAUCUACUUAUGUCGACAGCCCAUGAAAUGGAUUCCCACAAUUCAAAUAGAAAUGCAGAGCAUGAAAGCUACCAUGAAAUGCAUGGCAAGGAAGAUGUGAGCAGUUUUUCUUCCAAAGAAUCUCAAGAGAUGAAUGACUCUGCUCCAGCAUCAGUUAAAAGUGACAAGAUGUUUAAGGUAGAUGCCAAUGUAUCAGGCCUCGUGGCAACUCCUCCAGCAAAGAUGAAUCACCAGCAAGCAAAACAAUGCAUUCAGGAUAGCAAAGAAGGUGCAGAUUAUAAAGUAGAAUCACAUUCCAUACAGCAGACAACUAGCGUUGGUUUGGAAUCUGUAAAGCUCAAGGUUCUUCGUCCUAUGGGAUCUCCAAGAGUUUAUCUUUCUGAAGAAAAUGUUGUCAAAAGGAAAACUAGGGAGGAUUUACCUAGACAUCCUUUGGUCAAUGAAAUCUCAGGCCAGCAUAGCAUUCGUGUUUGUUCUGAACCUGAUACAGGUUUGGACUCGCCCCCUUGUGGGAAAGAAUUGGAAGAGAAGACACACAUCAGCGAUGGGCCUGAAGAUGAUUCUGAGAAGACUUUCUCUCAUUUGAUAAAUUCCUUUCCAUCUGAUCAUUCAGAUGGAGCUGAAGAUGUUUUAGAUAAAAAAGUGCAUCAAUCUACUUCAGAUGAUUCUGAGCUUCAGAAGCUUUUGCAUGAAAUGGUUCCCCAUGCUAGUAGUAGACAUACCAAGAAAUUUGAAAGUAAUGUGCAGAUUUCAAAUCAGGCCAAAGAGAUCUCCUCACAGGCCGUAGAGGAAGGCGAAGAUCAUGAUUGGGCACUUGCUGAAAUUUUGCAUGGUUCAGGAGGAUUUGAAGAAGUUGAGCUACUCAGCUGCAGUAACAUUGGAUUUGUUGUAUCAUUUGGCUCACUUUUGGGGUUGCUGCCAUACCGUGACCUCAGUUUUAAAAAGAGGCCCUUUCCUUUUGAAGUAUGGCUACAAAAGAAGGUUUCAGAUCCCUCGAAAUUUCAGAAAGAAUUAGGGUCAGAAAGUGGUGCUCAAUUUAAUAAUAGCAUGCCAAUGCCGGGAUUGACUUUUCCAAAUAAUGAAGCUGCUAUACAAUCUGAAGACCAAAAAUCUGCCAUGACAGCUCAUGAAUCCCAAAAUCUUCUUAAUUUGUACAAUCAAGAUAGAACAAAGUUCCUGUCUUCGUUUUUAGGUCAGAAAACAAGAGCAACUGUAACAUUAGUGGACAGAAAAUCUGGGAGGCUCCUAUUCUCUGAGAAGGCAAAAGAAAAUCGAGAGUCUAUAGAGAAGAAAGCAAGUGUAAUGGAUAGACUGAAUAUUGGAGACAUUGUUACUUGUCAAGUUACAGGAAUCAAUUCGUUUGGUGUCUUUGUUCAGCUGGAAGGUGUGAGUGCUUUGAUUCAUGAUUCAGAGCUAUCAUGGGAUCCAGACUGGGAUGCAAAUUUGCACUUGCAAGUUGGGGAGGUACUAAAGGUCAAAGUUUGUGGGCUGGAUCGUUCUCGUCAUCGCAUCAACUUAUCCUUGAAACAACUAAAGCCUGAUCCGUUGCUUGAGAAUCUGGAAUCAAUUCUUAAGGAAGAUGAUGAUCAUACAAGUAGCAGCCUUGAGCAUGCUGAGCUCAAUAGUGAGUGGCCUGAGAUUGAAUCUCUUAUAAGAGAAUUGGAGGCGGAGGAUGGCAUUCAGAAUGUUUCAAAAGGUCGCUUGUUGCUUAGUACUGGGUUAGCUCCUAGCUUCCAGGUUUAUUUGUCUGAUACACAUGGAGACCAAUACAAGAUCCUUGCUAGAUCUGAAAAUAGAAUACAGGAGAUUAUUGUGCAGGCGUCACUUGACAGAGAUGGGAUGAAGUCAGCUGUUGUUUCCUGUACAUCUCGAGUAGCACAAGGAGGAGGUCAAUAGAUGGCAUGUGGGGAAUGCCUAUAUUGCGAUUCUCUUAAUAAUUUAUAACUGCAUGUCCUUUUGUUUAAGAAAUCAAUUUAGAAGGAAUAAAGUAAUUGCUUGUAAGCUUGGUUUGAAUUGUCAUUUACCUGAUUUGAGCAUUAUUUUUCCAUAGCUGUGGCCUUCGAUGAAUCAAUAUAUUCAUUUUGUAGUAACAGGAUUUUUAAUGGUGGUAAUGGGUGCGAAGCUCUCAGGCUAAUAGUCAUUGUAGAUAGAAGUUUACUGUAUGUAGACCAUGUAAAAUUGAUCUAUUGAUAGCUUCUGAGAAAUAAGAUCCUUUAUCACUCUUAGUCUUGUCAUUAAAUAUUUUAUUAUAUCAAAAUAACAUGAAAGGUUCAAAUUAGCAGUAUCAUUCAUUUCAA